CCUUAAACUGAGUAGAUUCCAUUCCGAGGGCACAUUCAUGAACGAGACACUCGUAUCAGAGAGAAUCAAGAAGAAUAACACAGUACACAGCUGUUUCUGAACUUGGUCCUCCUCUACUGUUAGCUAUAAUGGGUGGCGGUUGCAGUAGAAGACCUGUUGAAAAAAACACAGAUCUUGAACAGCCAAAGACGUCUACCACAUCACCCCCUAUGCAAGAUGCAUCAGUGCAGACCAUGGAGCAGUCAACCGAUGAGAAAUUACAUGAAGUGGAUGUAACUCUGGAUGUGGACACCGCUCACCCUAACCUACUGAUAGAUGGGAAAACAGUACGCUGGAUAAAGGAAACACUACAGAGACCGUGUAGUGAUAAGAUGUUUGAUGAGGAUCCCUAUGUGCUGGGCAUUAUUGGCCGUGCUUGGAGGACCUACUGGGAGGUGAAUGUGGAGAAGAAGGAUGACUGGGUACUUGGUGUUACCAAGGCAACAGCUAACAGGAAGGGACAGUUGGUUCUCAGCCCUGCCAAUGGCUUCUGGGUAAUCAGGCUGUCCAAUGGGGGAAGACUGAAAGCCAUGGAUGAUAAGGAGCAUGUUCUUGACAAAGAUAUUCCAGUUAUAGUUGCUAUCUAUCUAGAUUAUAAGGAAAAGAAGGUGACUUUCUUUAAUGCAGAAGAUGGUUCACUCAUCUACUCAUUUAUCAACGGACCAAGUUAUGAGGAUGAGGUCCGUCCUCUUUUCUCACCCUGGAACAAUGAUGCAAAACCAAUCACAAUUUUGUCCAUUGAAACUAAACAAUCUAAAGCAUUAAAGAUCACCUCUACAUCUGUCAAUAGACUACUUUAUUGUGAUGGAGAGCUAAACUUGAGUGGUCUUAACUACACUGAUGAUGAUUAAUAUGCCAUACAUGAAUAGGAGUAAUUGUCACUACAGUAAUAUUUAGGCAUUUGCUUUAUGGAUAUAAUUGUAUGAUGAUUUGUUCUGCUCAUCAAAAUGUGUCUCUUCGUCACAUCUAAACAAAAUUGCAGACGCUUCUAUCCAUGGUGACUUACAGUGGUGAGUGCAUACAGUUUAAUACUUUUUUUAACUGGUCCCCUUUGUGAAUCAAACCCACAACCCUGGCAUUGCAAGCACCAUGCUCUACCAACUGAGCCACACAGGACCAACAAGGCAUUGACGUAUUAUUCUUCGUCUUCAACUUUGUUGAAUAUAAUGGACAGCUAUUUCAGUCGUAUUUUUUCUGUUAUGCCUCCCUUCAUGCACAUUUACUGUACACUGUAUUGAUUUGUGAAGAAUAAAAUAUUGCUUUUAAGACUUG